AUGGGUGUCCCUGGCCUGGAAGCUUUCCACAUCUGGCUGGGCAUCCUUUUCUGCUCAGGGUAUAUCAUUGCCUUGGUAGGAAAUGGUGUGGUUUUGCUGGUCAUUGGGCUGGAUGACUCCCUGCGUAACCCAAUGCAUUGCUUCCUGGGCAUGCUAGCAGUUAUUGAUUUAGUGAUGGUGACAUCCACUGUCCCAAAGAUGCUGAGCGUAUUCUGGCUGAACUCUACUGAGACUGGUUACCUGGCCUGUUUUGUUCAGAUGUUCCUUGUUCAUUCCACAACAUCGGAGGAGUCAGGAGUGCUCCUGGCCAUGGCCUUUGACCGCUACGUUGCAAUCUGUCACCCUCUCAAGUACAAAGCUGUCUUGAAUUGCCGGACAAUGGCCCAGAUAGGCCUGGUCAUUGUGGGGAGAGCUCUGCUCUUCAUGGCUCCCUUGACGGGAAUGGUGACAAGUCUGUCUUAUUGCCAUUCCUGUGUGGUUCCCCAUUCGUACUGCGAGCACAUGGCUGUGGCAAAGCUGGCAUGUGCAGACCCCAGGCCCAGCAGCCUUUACAGCGUGGCUGGAUCCUCCCUUAUAGUAGGGACAGACAUGGCUUUCAUUGCUGUGUCUUAUGGAAUGAUCCUUAAAGCUGUCCUGGGGAAGAAAUCACACUGGAAGGCUUUCCGCACCUGUGGGUGUCACAUCUGUGUGAUGCUGCUAUAUUACAUCCCUGGAGUGGUCUCCAUAUAUGCUCAGGCGUUUGGCAGCAGUCUAUCUGUGUGGGCACAGGUUCUCCUGGCCGAUCUCUACCUGAUCCUCCCCACCAUGCUGAACCCUGUCGUUUACAGCAUGAGAACCAAGCAGAUCCGUGGUGUCUGGAGAAGGCUCAUUGUCGUGGGAAUCGCUGUGUGGGAGGAAUCUCCCCGCGGGGCUGUCUGGGUGUGA